AUGAUUCGCAAUGGACAACCUUUAGUCAGACAUCGUCUCCGUAUUGCGUUGGUAUCCGACUUCUUCUGCCCAAAUGCUGGAGGUGUUGAGACACACAUAUAUUUCUUAGCCAAAUGCCUCUUAGAACUUGGGCAUAAGGUUAUUGUCAUUACACACGCUUACGGAGAAAGGAAAGGUAUCAGGUAUUUGUCCAAUAACUUGAAGGUUUACUACUUGCCUUUCAUUGUAUUUUAUAAUGGAUGCAGUUUAGCAUCUAUAAUAGGUUCAUUAUACUGGUUUAGGAAAAUAUUUCUCAGAGAGCGCAUUCAACUUGUUCAUGGGCAUUCGACGUUUUCCUCAAUGGCACAUGAAGCCUUAUUCCAUGCUUGGACUAUGGGGUUACGCACGGUCUUUACUGACCACUCAUUAUUUGGUUUUGCCGAUGCUUCUGCCAUUCUUACAAAUAAACUUGUCCUUCAGUACUCGCUAGCAAAUGUCGACCAAAUAAUAUGCGUUUCUUUUACAAGCAAAGAAAAUACGGUUCUAAGAAGCGGGAUUCCUGCCAACAAGGUUUCAGUGAUUCCAAAUGCGAUUCACACUGAAACCUUUGUCCCUGAUCCAUUUUUAUUUUACAACAACCCAACCACUGUUGUAGUAAUUUCGAGGCUUGUUUACCGAAAGGGGGCAGACCUUUUAGCAAAAAUAAUUCCUCAAGUGUGUGCGGCUCACCCAACUGUACGUUUCAUUGUUGGAGGUGAAGGGCCUAAAAGAGUUGAUGUAGAGGAAAUGCGUGAGAAGUUUUGCUUACAAGAUCGUGUCAUCAUGCUCGGCAGUUUGCCCCAUAAUCAGGUGCGUGAUGUGCUGGUUCAUGGUCAGAUAUUUCUAAACACUUCACUUACUGAAGCGUUCUGCAUGAGCAUUGUCGAAGCAGCAUCUUGCGGACUCCAUGUUGUUUCAACACGAGUAGGUGGCAUACCGGAAGUUUUGCCAGAUGACUUCAUUUCUACAGCACCACCGCUCCCGCAAGAUCUGAGCAGGAAACUGUUGGAAGUCAUUAGAAGACGUGAGUGUGGCUUGUUAAUGGGACCUGAAGAAAGGCACCGCAGGGUUCAGAAAAUGUAUCACUGGUCCGAUGUGGCAGAGCGAACUCAAGAAGUUUACUUCAAGGCCAUGAACUCACCAGCGUCCUGUUGGUGUGGUCGAUUAAGUCGGUUUUAUGAGAGCGGAAUAGGUUUUGGAAUUCUUUAUAUUUGGGCAGCUGUAAUUAACAUGAUUUGGCUUCUAGCGUUGCAGUUUUUCGACCCACCGCAGGUAUAAAC